UGGGACUGGAUAGCGUGACAACCCCUAAGGGGGUUGUCAAUCUCGCUUCCCUCCUCAUUGCCGUCCGUUCCCCUUAGUCAUCUAGCGGCCAGGAUCACAAUAAGGGUUUUUUAGUAAGCACAAGGUUAAUUCUAAUAAUUUAAAUUGGAAAUUAAUUGCAUGGAGAGAAUCCCGGAACGUGAUUUGGGGGACGUGAUUUUGGGAGCAGAAUAGAGUAGACUCUAUACCUUCCAUUUCUGGCUUCUCCCUCGGCAAACCAAAACCGUCAUCUAGCUACGGAAGAUACCAGCCACUCGACGGCCGCCACCGCCAUGAACGACUACAUUAGCGACGACUACGGCAGUGAAUGGGUGGGAGUCGAAUCUACGUGUAUAUUUGGCUUGGACCUGAACGUCCCACUGACAAUCAACGACGAUGAUAUAUACGACUGCGAUGCUGAGCAGACGGAUCCGGCAGUGAAUGGCGCUGAUCCGUGCAUGGUGGACGUUGACCCCGUUCUGGACAUGGAGGAGGCGUUGAACGAAGAUCAUCCUGAACGGCAUGAUAACACAGAGAACAAUGACAAGUUCGUGCGGCAUUCUGGCGAUCGCGUUGAUGUCGACGACGGCGUGGUCUGCAACUAUGGCGGUGUGUUGACAUCCAUCGUUCCAUCAGACAAAUCAACGUGGGAUCACUUACGUUUCCAGAACCAGGAUGAAUUUAAUCGUUUCUACAAGAGUUUUGCUCAUGGAAGAGGCUUUUCGUCAAGAGUUGUUGGAGCAGUUAAGAAGAAAAGGUCAUACUUCCCCGAACCAUUUGUUUUUUACUUUGGAGGUUCGUGCAGCAAACAAGGGUACAAAAAAGGCAGCAGGCUCGACCCGAAGAAUGCGGAAGAGGUCGUGGACUCAGAGCCUCCAAAUGAGCGAGAAAGGGGAGAGACUCGUUUUGGUUGCAACGCUAUUGCAAUGUGCAGCUACGAGCGGGCUUCCGGUAAGUAUAAGAUUUACCGGUGGACAGACAAUCAUGUGCAUGAAAUGCACAAUGCAUUUUCAAGAAGUUUUAUGCGCUCAAAUCGGGAGGUGCCAUCAGAAUAUGCAUACUUUGCUGAAAUAAACGAUUGCGCGGGGAUUCCUAUUCAAAACUCGUUAGAAGAGCACCUAAAUGGGCUGAAAACAUGAACGGUGACCCUUUGUCAAAUCCAGAACCCAAUGAUGAAGCAGAUUGUAUAGGGUCCAAAGUGAAGCAGCGGCAGGACAAGCGAAUGUAUAAGAAGAGGCUAGUGUCGGUUCGAGAAAUAGUAAACGAGCGGGUACGAAAACAAUUGAAUCACGAGCUUAGCAGCAAGAGGAAGGAGUGCAGCAAGAAGAAGAAAACCUAGUCUUAUUUUGUACCAGUCUUAGUUAUGCUACCAGUAGCACCGAUUUUGUACCAGUCUUAAUAAUGAUACAAUUGUCAUUGUAUCCCUCUCUUU